GAAGGUGUUUCUCAACCUGCAGCCCUGGGUGGCCUCCACGUCUCCUUUAUUGCAGUACUCCCUCCUUCUCCAGGCGUUGUGCCCUAAUUGUCCCCGCAGGAAAAUAAUGGCUGGCUGGGCAGCUGGGUCGCGCGGAGGCAACAGACCUCUGGGUCAUAGGUGCUAGAGCCCGCCCUUCUCCCGCCCAGUCAUAGGUAAUUUGUCCCGGCCGGAAGUAAAGGCCGGCGGGGCUGUCCCAGCAGCUGGGGAAUAGGCGGGUGCGGGCUCCGCCGCUGGCACUGGGGAGACGGACCAGACCGAGUGGGUGCUGAGCUGGAGGGAGUUACAGCGCCAGCCCCGAUCGCAAAGCUCUUGAAAAGGACAUCAAGUGCAAAGUGAACCAGCUCACUCCCAGGCAGUACUGGAACCAUGAGCAGUAACGCAACAGACCUGACCGUUGGUUUUGUGUCCUCUUCUGUAGCUGUCCUUUUGUUUGGCUCAAACUUUGUACCACUUAAAAAAUACGAUACUGGUGAUGGAAUGUUUCUCCAGUGGGUACUUUGUGCUGCCAUAUGGUUGAUUGCCGUGGUGGUCAAUCUGAUAUUACAUUGCCCUAAAUUUUGGCCUUUUGCAAUGGUUGGCGGCUGCAUUUGGGCAACAGGGAACAUUGCUGUUGUCCCAAUUAUCAAAACCAUUGGUUUAGGCCUUGGAAUCUUAAUCUGGGGAUCAUUUAAUACCUUAACUGGCUGGGCAAGCUCAAGGUUUGGCUGGUUUGGAAUGGAUGCAGAAGAAGUAUCAAAACCGGUGCUAAAUUACGUCGGAGCUGGAUUAUCAGUAGUGAGUGCUUUCAUAUUUUUGUUCAUCAAAAGUGAAAUACCAAAUAACAUGUGUUCUGUGGACACCACACCAUUAAUGACAGAUCAUGUGAUCAACAGCACUCAAGAUUCCUGCCCUGACUGUUCCUGGGUGGAUAAACUUUCUACAGCACAACAGCGCACAGUGGGCUGCACUCUUGCAGUGAUAUCUGGAAUACUCUAUGGGUCUACAUUUGUGCCCAUCAUUUAUAUCAAGGACCACAGCAAAAGAAAUGACAGUAUAUACGCAGGGGCAAGCCAGUAUGAUUUAGACUACAUUUUUGCACACUUCAGUGGCAUCUUUUUUACAAGCACAGUCUACUUUCUGGCCUACUGUAUAGCCAUGAAAAAUAACCUUAAGCUAUAUCCUGAAGCAGUCUUGCCAGGAUUCCUGUCAGGAGUUCUUUGGGCAAUAGCCACCUGCUGUUGGUUCAUAGCUAACCAUGCUCUCAGUGCUGUGGUCAGUUUUCCGAUAAUCACUGCUGGUCCAGGAUUUAUAGCUGCAAUGUGGGGUGUCUUCAUGUUUAAGGAAAUACAGGGUCUACAAAACUACCUAUUGAUGAUAUUUGCAUUUUUCAUCAUCUUGACUGGAGCAUUAUGCACGGCUUUCUCCAAAAUCUAACAAUCACAAGACCAGCAGAUGGCAGCAGUGGGUAAGAGAACCCUGCUACAGGACUUGAGUGAUUAUGCUGAGAAGAGAGUUCAUUUUCUUCCAGCAAAGGGAUCUCAACCCGUCUUGGACUGGGUAAAUGAUUUUUUUUUUUUUCCACAAACGUGAGAAUAAAGGAGAACUAAGUUUCAAUCUAGUAAAAAAAUGGAAAAUUCUUCUAAUGAACUAUUUAUGGUGGUAGGACUUUACUGGGUGACUAAAAUGUCGGCCUUUUACAGCAUUAUAGACAAGAGUGCUCCUUUUAUCACAAUACACACUCGGUGUUGCAUAAUCAGCAAAACAGGGUGAAGUUCAUAUACACAAAGAAUUUUAUACAUGUCCAAGUUUCCAACGUAUUACCCUCGUUAAUGAAGAGAGGCAGAAAAAUGUUGGGGAGAGAAAUGGGGAGAAUACCUACCUUAAAAUAGAAUUAGACUCCAAAGCUAUCUAGAUCCUUUGCCAGAAAAAGUAAAUGUCAGUGUUAGUAAUUGAAUAUGAAAAGGCCAUUUCAUUUUUUGCCCAAACUUAAUUUUACUUCAAAUUAAUAUUGCUCAACUCUACAUCAUCCCCUCAUCUUAGCUCAAAAUGCUUUUGAUUAUCUCCAGAUAAAAUCCAUCUUCAGAGCACAAAAGUUUCCAACCAUUGAGAAUAUGUGUCUAAUACAUAUACAGACAUAUGCAGGUAGACACACGUAAAUACACACAUGUGUAUGUCUGUAUGAUUCUAAACUUGGGGGGAAUUCUAGAGUUGCUAUAGUGAGGGUCCUGCUUAUUAGAGUAAGAAUUUGCAGGGGUCAAACACUUUGAAUGUAAAAUUUAUUAUUAUUUUUCUGAACUAUACCUUUCUAAAAUCCCUUUUUAAACUGGAAGUUUUCUUCCUGUUUUAACUGGUGGUUUCUAUUAGGGAAAGAAAAUUAAUGGACAUGUUAUUUUUAUAUAUAUAUCAAAAGAGACAGAAUAGCAUUCUGCUUAUGUGUUUGUACUCUGGUACUAACCCAGGUGGGUUUCAUCUUCAUUGUAUGACUUCAAAGAAGUUCCUGAGCCCCCUGUAUCAGAUUCCUCAUCUAUAAAUAAUAACGAUAAUAAUAAUGGUUAUUGUAAGGCUCAAAUUAGUUAAAAUCCAUAACAUGUUCAUGAGUAUCUGGCACUUGGCAAACAUUGUAUAAGUCUUAGCUAUAAUUAUUAUCUAUUGUUUAAGAAUGAAGAUGUGUCUAUAGAUUGGAAGAUAUUUUGUAAGAGCUACUGGUCUCACCACCAACCCAUCCAAACAACUAAUUAUUAUUCAUUCCUCUAUUUGAGUACAAUUUAAAUAAUGAUGCUGGAAUCUCUAUUUCAUUAUUGAAUUCUUUGAUUGUAACACCUUACCAAAACUCAUUUGAAUUUUAACUGGAAGUAUCACUAAAUUAUGUUGAUAACUUUAAAUAAAUUGACAUGACA